UUUUAACGACUCGAUCUCUUGCCUAUGGACGACGGCGGUCCCCUCUCUCCAAAGGCAAAUGCUUUCAGUAUUGCCUCUCUGAUUUCGGCUGCAGAGCAAACAGGAAACGCAGCGUUUGAAAAACACGGCACCGGCCUGGACAAGCCAGACCUGCAUAACCACGGCUCCUUUAAAAUGCACUACAGCACUGUCACCCGGGAAAUGGAAGCCAUAUCCAGUCCGUGGCUGACGCAGCUGUCCCAUUUUUGCGAUGUUGCAGCCUUCACGACGAGCAGCCUGAGCAGCCUCAACACGCCGGGGGGCUACCACCUCUCUCCGUCCCCCGGGGACCCCUACAGCCAGCAUGAGUCCCAUUUCGAGCCCUGCCCGGCCGCCCAACACAACUACAACUAUCCGGGAUCCAACCCGGGCCAGGCCCCGUCGAACGACAACGGGACCGCCAACUGCUCCUCGUCGUCCUCAAACUCUACGCCGAACAGCAAAACUAUAGUGAAGAAGAACCCGAAAGUUGCCAACAUUAACGUUCAGCUGGAGAUGAAAGCUUUAUGGGAUGAAUUUAACCAGCUAGGCACGGAGAUGAUCGUCACCAAGGCCGGCAGGAGAAUGUUUCCAACUUUCCAAGUGAAAAUAUUUGGGAUGGAUCCCAUGGCAGACUACAUGCUCCUGAUGGACUUCCUGCCUGUAGAUGACAAACGUUACAGGUAUGCUUUCCACAGCUCGUCGUGGCUGGUGGCAGGCAAAGCUGAUCCCGCCACACCGGGCAGAGUCCAUUACCACCCAGACUCUCCGGCCAAAGGCGCACAGUGGAUGAAGCAGAUCGUCUCAUUUGAUAAACUAAAGUUAACUAACAACCUUCUGGAUGACAACGGACAUAUCAUUCUGAACUCCAUGCACCGCUACCAGCCCAGAUUUCAUGUGGUUUAUGUGGAUCCCCGGAAGGACAGCGAGAAAUACGCAGAGGAGAAUUACAAAACCUUUGUUUUUGAGGAAACCCGCUUCACAGCGGUCACAGCGUACCAGAACCACAGGAUCACACAGCUGAAGAUAGCCAGUAACCCCUUUGCAAAGGGCUUCAGGGACUGUGACCCAGAGGACUGGCCCAGGAAUCACAGACCAGGCUCUCUGCCAAUAAUGAGUGCCUUUGCCAGAACAAGAAACCCAGUGUCAUCUCCCCCUCAGCAGAACGGCACAGAGAAAGAAGACAGUAGGCGGGAAUAUGAGCGAGACCCCAGCGGCACGCCUAUACACGCAGACCCGGCUCACCAGCUGAUGUCCCGGGUCCUCAGCCCCGCCCUGCCCGUCCCAGGAGGCCUGCACGCCGUCCCGAUCACAAGCGGCCGGCCCAGCCCUCCCCACGACCUUCGGCCAGAUCCCCACCCUCUACCCCCGGACACCCUGCACCACCACCCCUACAAGUACCCCACCACCUAUGAACACUACCUGGGAGCCAAGACCAGGCCGUCACCCUACCCUUUACCUAGUAUCAGAGGACACACAUACCAUCACCACAUGAACCCUGCCACAACUAACAUGUAUUCAGCCACCAGCGGCCCCUCUAACUAUGACUAUGGGCCCAGAUAAUGACUGCUGUCCACCAGGGCUAACAGCAAGCAGCACUGUGGGAAUGGAAACAGACAGGAAACACAAUCCUGCCUGUCGAUGGCUUAAGCAACCUGCAGGGUGCAAUCACGGGCUGAAACUCCUUUCUG